GUCCGGGGGGAGCCUCUCUCUCUCUCUCUCUCUCGCUUGGCUGGCUGGCGGGAGGGAAAGUCUCGGAGGCAGCGCGGGGGGCUUCACCCCGCAAAGCUUCUGCGGCGGCCCCCCCUCGCCCUCUGCGGGGAAGGGGGCUUGCGGCACACCCCCCUCUUCACCCCAGUCAUGGAGCCCAAGCCGCGUCUUUUCAAACGCCUCGCCUCCUCCGGCGGUAGGAUCUGCUCCCCGCCGCCCGGCUUGACGUCCGCGGGACCCUGCUGCCCCGACGGCAGCCCCCCGGCGCCCGGCUUGUGCUGCGGGGUGAUUUCCGCCUCCUGCAAACCGCUCACCUCCCCGUACCCCCCUUCCUCCUCCUCCUCCGAGACGUCCAGCAACGCUGUCUACACGGUGCUGGUGGAAGACCCGGCGUCGAUCCGGAGGAGGUCCCGGCGCAGGAGCUGCGAGGACGGCGCCGGCAGGAGCUCCCCGGCCGGCAGCAAAGGCAGGCUCCAGCUUUUGCAAAAGAGUCCUGCCCACUGCAGUGGGAAGGGGCUUCCGGCGGAAGCGGAGCCGAUCGAUGGGAGGCCGAGGCACCUGUCCGAUCCCUCUGUGCCGAAGCGGCCGGAGGAAGAGGAGGCGGCACUCCGACUGCUGGACCAGGGGCCCCUGCAUCAAUCAGCCUACAUCCCAGUGCCCAGGCAAAGAAAGUUGUCUGAGAAGGCGGGGAUUGACGAGGUCAUAGCGGCUGCCGUCCUCACGAGUCUGUCCACCAGCCCGGUUGUGCUUAACAACCCACCCAACGGUUUCAGCGCAGAAACCAACGGUGAUGUUUGGAAGGAAGUUCCGGCCAUGUCCUCCAGCUGCAGCAGCAGCAGUAACAACAGCGGCGACUGGAGCUGGGACCCUCCCAGUGACCUCUCCACCCCUUCGACGCCGUCUCCACCGCUGUCCACGGAUGCUCCCGCCAGCUUCCUUCCCUCGCUGCAGUCGGAGCUGGAGGAGACCGAGGCGACUCACUUCCUGUUUGGUGACCCCAUCCCCAGGAAGAGGAAGAACUCCACCAAGGUGAUGUUCAAGUGUUUGUGGAAGAACUGCGGGAAGGUGUUGAGCAGUUCCUCUGGGAUGCAGAAGCACAUCAGGACCACCCAUCUGGGAAGGAAAGCUGACCUGGAUCAGAGCGACGGGGAGGAAGACUUCUACUACACGGAGCUGGACGUCAACGUGGACUCCUUGACGGACGGCCUGUCCAGCCUGACCCCCGUCUCCCCCACCUCCUCUGUGCCCCCGGCCUUUCCCACCCUGGAGGAGGUGCAGCAGCCAGAGCCGGGGGCUCCUUCGUUCAGUCCAGACAUUUCCGCGGCGCCUCACCCGAGCCAGUUGGCGCACAUGGCCAUCCUCAGCCAGUCGGCGCCCACGAGCGUCUGCCACAUCCAAGCCGACCAUGCGUACCAGGCAACGGGUCCUGCCGGCGUGCUGGCUGAUCUGAAAGCGCCACCCACUGGAAUGGAAAUCAGCAUAUCAUGGCAGCAGCCAACAUUUUUCCCACCUCUGCCCCCUGUCCUUUUUAAAAGCCCCCCGGGCUGCCUAACCCCUAUCCGGCCUGCUGACAUAGGAGAAAAGCGCCCACAGGCCCCUCCUGUGCCCGCUGCCAAGGGGCACCCAUCAGUGCCCUCUUCCAUGCCAAAGCCUGCCACGGGGACAAGGAAGCCUCGCGGCGAGGCCAAGAAGUGCCGCAAAGUGUACGGGAUGGAGAACCGCAACAUGUGGUGCACGGCCUGUCGCUGGAAGAAGGCCUGCCAGCGGUUUGUCGACUGAGCCGAGUCUCCCUGCGGGCCCAGCUCCGGGGAGGACGCCCGCCUGGGCUCUCC